GCACUGUACUACACAGAUGACACAGCCAUGGCCAGGACCCUGGUGCAGUCCCUGCUGGCCAAGGAGGCCUUCGAUGAGGUGGACAUGGCUCACAGGUUUGCUCAAGAGUACAAGAAAGACCCCGACAGGGGUUAUGGUGCUGGAGUAGUCACCGUCUUCAAGAAGCUCCUGAGCCCUAAGUGUCGCGAUGUAUAUGAGCCUGCCCGGGCUCAGUUUAAUGGGAAAGGGUCCUAUGGCAAUGGGGGUGCCAUGCGGGUAGCUGGCAUCUCCCUGGCCUAUAGCAGUGUCCAAGAUGUGCAGAAGUUUGCCCGGCUCUCGGCCCAGCUGACACACGCCUCCUCCCUGGGUUACAAUGGUGCCAUCCUGCAGGCCCUGGCUGUGUACCUGGCUUUGCAGGGCGAGUCUUCCAGUGAGCACUUCCUCGAGCAACUCCUGGGCCACAUGGAGGAGCUGGAGGGUGAUGCUCAGUCUGUCUUGGAUGCCAGGGAGUUGGGCAUGGAGGAGCGUCCAUACUGCAGCCGACUGAAGAAGAUUGCAGAGCUUCUGGAUCAGGACUCAGUGACCAGAGAGGAAGUGGUGUCUGAACUAGGGAAUGGCAUCGCUGCCUUCGAAUCUGUGCCCACUGCCAUCUACUGCUUCCUGCGCUGCAUGGAGCCCGAUCCUGAGAUCCCCUCUACCUUCAAUAGCCUCCAAAGGACUCUCAUCUAUUCCAUCUCACUUGGUGGGGACACAGACACCAUUGCCACCAUGGCUGGGGCCAUUGCUGGUGCCUACUAUGGGAUGGGUCAGGUGCCAGAGAGCUGGCAGCAAAGUUGUGAGGGCUAUGAGGAGACAGAUGUCCUGGCCCAGAGCCUGCACCGGGUCUUCCAGAAGAGUCUGUGAGGGCCACAGCUGUGGGGGUUCUGCCAUGUCCAGCAGGACUAACUGCAGCUCACAUUGGAAACCUUCGGCUCCUCAAGCUUGGCACCCCUGCCUCAGUCUUCCUGCAGUGCAGGGCUGAGUGUGCCAUUGGGGCUGGGGUCUCUCUGGAACAGCAAGCGAUGGACUGGUGCCUCCCUGGUGCUGGGUUUCUGGCUUGCUGCAGAGCCGUGGGGCACUCCCUGGCUCCUCAGUGAGACAUGAGGGACCAGGGCAGGUUUUCCUUUGGAGGACUGCUUAUGGCAUUUCCCUUUAUUAUGUAAGAUAUGGGAUUUGGGGAGGUAGAAAUGAUCUGCAGUAGUAUCAUUCUCCCUGUUGGGUUUUAGCCAAUUUGCCAGAAAGCCUGCCGUUGACUGAGCAGCAAGUUUUGUGGAUCAAGGCACAAGCAUCCAGCUGAUCUAGGUGCAUACCUGGCCCUUGGCUGUCAUGGGGCUUGUUAACAGCUUCCAGUGGAAGUCACAGCAAUAAACUGUGGUAAAUCCCACCACUGUUUCUUACA